AUGGGCAGAGCCCCAACACCUGGAGUAGAUGACGAAGCGUCACCAGUAAAAGUGUGGGUGAAGUGUUUUUGUGUCUACCUCCACCUUCCAAGUAUACAUGUGUCUCGUUCCCUGUUUUCCCAGGCAGUCCGGGCGUCAUCACAGCUGUGUGUACCUGACUGCACAGGCAGGAAAGAGGGAGACCUGGUUAAAAACCCAACCAAUUGUCUUCAGUAUUAUGUCUGUAGCGACCCAGAUGGAGACGGUGUCCUCCCCAUAGAGCCGUCUGUCUUACCCCUCCAGUGCGAAGAAGGGUAUUUCUUCAAUUCAGCUGAAAGUGUGAGGCAAUGUCAGACGAUAAAUCCUUCUGCCGACUAUUGUAAAGGUCUCUGCAGCCCGUGUGUCAUCCAGUGUGAGACUCCAGGCACGUUAAUUCCGUCAACACUGGAUUGUAGCAAAUAUGAAAUCUGCCUUGAAACAGGUCCUCAGGAAGUAGAAUGUCCGACUGCUACUCCGUAUUUCAACUUCGAGAAUUAUGGAUGUACCGAUGACCCGACUGUUUGCUACGACCUUUGUGACCCCUGUGACGUGUACUGCGUGACUGAGGGCAGGAUUCCUAAUCCACACAACUGUCAUGGCUACUUGUACUGCAACCCUCCUGAUGUGGCUUUAUUUCUUUGCCCCGAAAACGAAGUCUUUAACACACAAUCUCUCAUCUGUGAGAACACCACAGACACCUGUGACAACCUCUGUACAGACACCACUGGCGCUUAUGAUGAUUCUUGGGACUCGUUUUUGGAAUAAGUUUGAGUAUGUUUGAUAUGUGAAUAAAUCUAUCAGCGUUUAUAGGUUUUACAAAAAAAAUAUCAUUUUAUUAAAAGCCUCAUAUGGGGUAAUUAUCUCACAUGAAAAUAUGCAGAAUUAAUCCCGAUGUCACUGAGAUUAGAGUGAAAAGUAAAGUGUAUGUGAUAACGAGUGACUCACUGGCACCAACAUGUCUGAGCAAACUCCUCUGGUUGACACUUGACGCUAUUGGUCGAAAUGUGACUCCACUGGUCAAGACGUGAUAUAUCUGUUCGAGAUGUUCUAUCACUGAUCACGGGAGAAUACGGGACACUACUGUUCGAACCGUAACAGAGCUACUAGCUACAUAUAUAGUACACUCCGAAGUCUCCACUAAGUGCUCAGUAUUUAGUUUUCUUACCAUUGUCUCAGAGAACAUGUAGUGACAGAGGAACAUCAAAGAUCAUUACUUAACUCUCAUAGUGAACCUUAUUAAAUACUGAAACUACAGCCGUAAACCUAGACUCACAUAUCACUACUGGAUUCCCUGAGAUACAACUUCAGCGAGUCAGACUUCAAGAAACAGUUCAAUUAAUCCUUA